CCUCCGUGCCUCGCUGUUCCCAUGGCAACGGCAACGUGACGAGUUGGUUGCGUCCUGCACUGCCUCCACGUGCAUUUCCCAUUUCCCGCUGCUGCUGCUGCUGCCGCGCGCCUGUGAGUUUGCUGCUCCGAUCCGCGGGUGGUUUUGGUUUGGUUUGGUCGAGGGGGAAAAGGAGCGGAGGAAGACGAAGAGGAAGAGGAAGAAAGCUUCGCCUGCCGCUGGGUGACCGGUGGCUCACGGGUUUCAGCCCGCGGCUGCUUUUCUCGCUCACAAGGAACGCGCCGCGCCGCGCUCGCGUGCAGUGGCGUAGAGUGUAAACGUCGUGGUGUCGCCUCCCUCCCCCACCCCCAACCGUCCCAAUGGCGACGCCGCCCAUCGCUUCCCGCGGAGCUCCGCGCUAGCUCGCCGUUGCGGCUUCUAUAAAUCUCGUGCGCUCGUGUGCGGCGUCUUCUUCUUUGCCCUCCCUUCUCUGAUUCUCUCUUCGUGCGCGCGCGUCGGGGUGGUCUGGGUGUUGAUGAGCAUGGGGCAUUACACCAACCUGACGGAUCCGAGGACGGAGCUGGAGGUGGUCAGGGACUGGAACGGCGUCGAGCAGGUCGUGCUCCGGUCGCCGCGGGGAGCCUACGCGCGGGUGAGCCUGCACGGCGGGCAGGUCCUCUCCUGGAGGAACGACCGCGGCGAGGAGCUCCUCUUCACCAGCAGCAAGGCAAUCUUCAAGCCGCCAAAGGCGAUGCGUGGUGGAAUCCCGAUAUGCUUUCCACAGUUUGGAAAUUCUGGGACAUUGGAGCAACACGGAUUUGCAAGGAACAGGAUAUGGGCCAUAGAUGAGGGGCAUCCGCCAUUAAAUCAAAAUGAUAACAGCAGCAAAGCCUCUGUUGACCUUAUACUGAAGCCAUCUGAAGAUGACCUCAAGUACUGGCCACAUUGUUUUGAGUUCCGCCUGAGAAUUUCUCUUUCAAUGGACGGGGACCUGUCACUAGUAUCACGCGUCAGAAAUGUCAAUGGCAAGCCAUUCAGUUUCUCAUUUGGUUACCACACAUAUCUCUCUGUUUCUGACAUCAGUGAGGUGCGGAUAGAAGGCCUAGAGACUCUUGAUUAUCUAGACAAUCUUAGCCAGCGAGAACGCUUUACAGAACAAGGAGAUGCUAUAACAUUUGAAUCAGAGGUUGACCGAGCAUAUGUUGGCUCACCAAAUGUGAUAGCAGUUCUUGACCAUGAGAAGAAACGCACGUUUGUCAUAAGAAAGGAAGGACUUCCUGACAUUGGAAUAAGUCUACAUAACCCCCUAACGUUUUAGCACCUGAUCACUUAGCCCCCUCACCUAACAAACUAAGUACUUAACCCUCUAAACUAUCUAAUACCGUUUAGAUUACCCCCUCACGGUGGUUUUGGUGGUUUUGCUUCUUGUUUUGCCAUGCUAGCAGAUUUUUUUGAACAUGAUUUUUUAAUGGCUUAUAUUUUGCACUAAUUUAGGUGAACAUAAUUGUAUAUGGACUAAUUCGGAUAGUCUGUACAUAGCAUACUGAGAGUUGAAUGUGAGAGUUUCUAGCUACUCUAUAAUUUGUUAGACCUGAAUGUUGCAUACGAUACUUUUUUUUUUGCUACUCUGUUUCAUGAAUGAUUGUGGAGCAUCCUAUUUGUGUCAUGUUUAAUGGGUUUUCUUCAAAUUUAUGUUUCUUAGUGCUACUGAAGUACUGGACAUAUGACUUAUUUCUUGCACAAGUAUGCAAUUCAAGCUUUAAUGGUAACGUUGAUAAAAGAAAAAAUUGGUUAAAUGGUACUGUUAAUUUUCAGUUUCCGAAGAUCUAACUAAAAAGCUUUCAGUUUUCUAGUGCAGAUGGAACUGUUAGCUUUCAGUUUUCUAGUCCAUAUGCAAUCAUAUUCCGCAUGACAUCAAAAAAAUUAGUGUAAUAUACAAACUAUCUAAAUUAGCCCAUAUACAAUCAUGUUCACUGAAAUUAGUGCAACAUACAAGGCAUCAAAAAAUCAUGUUCAAGAAAAAAUCUAUCAGCAUGGCAAAACAAGAAGCAAAAACAGCAAAACCACUUUGAGGGGGUAAUCUAAACGGUAUUAGAUAGUUUAGGGGGUUAAAUACAUAGCUUGUUAGGUAAGGGGGUUAAGUGAUCAGGUGGUAAAAUGUUGGGGAGUUAUGUAGACUUAUUCCUUUAUUUUAUU